GAGCACCUGUGAUGUCUGUCCGUGGCAAGUAAAAUAGGGAUCUCGUUCAAAACAUCUCUGUCUGGUUCGAAGAUCUCACUCUUUCCGGUGAUGAUUUGGUCGAAGUGGUGCAAGCUUCACUGAAUUUAGACCACGUUUUCUGGGUACAUAACUCUAAAGGCGCGAAACGCGUGCGGUAAAAUGAUAAUGAACUGAGCCUGAACUGAGCCAGGCAAUUCCUCACUUUCAGCCCACUCGAUGGGCUGCGCCGGGGUGAUCAGAUCGUUGAAGAUGAGCAGUGUCCUCUUUCGGAAAAGUGCGUCCGUUCUCAGUGUCGCGGGAAGUCUCAUGCUGUCGAUUGCAGAGUUACGUCAGUCCGGGCUCGUCUAGUUUGUAAAGCAGGUACCGCUAGGUACCGGAUGCUCAUCCGAUGCGACGUUGGCCUGCUGACUCAGCCGAAACAACGUGGAUUUGUCAGCGGCACAGUACGCGCAAGCCAUCGCCGACCGGACAUCUUCGCCGCAUUCGUUGAACCGGUGGAUUUUUUGGAUCAACUCUGAGUCGUGGGCUGGAAUGAAAGCCGUAUAAAAGGGGGGCCCUCUAGCGAUAUGUCUUUCUGGACCCCCCCUCCUCAGCCAGCCACCAAGCUCGGAUUCUACCGCACACUCUCGGCCAAAGCGGGCGUGCAUGUCUCGCCCCUCCAGCUGGGCGCCAUGAGCAUCGGCGACAAGUGGGACAAGCUGGGGAUGGGAUCUAUGGACAAAGCAUCCAGCUUCAAACUCCUGGACGCGUAUUUUGACGCGGGCGGAAACUUCAUCGACACUGCGAACGUCUACCAGGAUGAGACGUCCGAAAUGUUCAUCGGCGAAUGGGCCGAGAAGCGCGACAUCCGAGACCAGCUGGUCAUCGCUACCAAGGUACUGAACCGCUCAUUGAAAUACAGCUGGAGGACGAUGUUGAAUUAUCUUCAGUAUACUUCUGGAUUCAAAGUGCGACAGCCCAAGUACACCCAGCAGGUCAACUACGUCGGCAACAACAUCAAGUCGAUGAACGUCAGCGUCGAUGCCAGUCUCAAAAAGCUACGCACGCACUACAUCGACAUCCUUUACAUGCACUGGUGGGACUGGGACACCAGCAUCGAGGAGGUUAUGGACGGCCUGCACAACCUUGUGGUGCAGGGCAAGGUUCUCUACCUCGGUGUCUCAGACACGCCCGCCUGGGUUGUCGCGCAGGCCAACCAGUACGCCCGCGACCACGGCAAGUCACAGUUCGUGAUCUACCAGGGCGCGUGGAAUGUGAUGGCCCGCUCGUUCGAGCGCGAAAUUAUCCCCAUGGCUCGUGCAUACGGGAUGGCGCUGGCUCCGUGGAACGUCCUGGCCGCCGGCAAACUGCGCACCGAUGCCGAAGAAGAGGCGCGCCGUAUUUCCGGAGAGAAGGGCCGCACGAUGUUUGGGCCCGAUUGGGAGCGAAACGAGGACGAGAGGAAGAUGUCUGCGGCCCUGGAGAAGGUGGCUGGAGAAGUCGGAGCCAAGCACAUCACUUCUGUUGCGAUCGCGUACUUGAUGCAAAAGCUUCCCUACGUGUUCCCCAUCAUCGGUGGUCGCAAAGUCGAGCAUCUCUUGGCGAAUGUCGAGGCACUCGACAUUGUCCUGACUCCGGAACACAUCGCUUAUCUCGAGAGCAUCCUGCCAUUCGACCCCGGCUUCCCCAACUUCAUGAUUGGCGAUGGAUUGGCGCACAGUAAUCUGAUGACAUCUGUGACCCAUUUCGAACGUUUGCCUAUUCCUCAGGCUAUUCGAAAGGCGUAGAUACUUUGGGAGAAACACUGCGGAACCUCCAUGUACUUUGACUCAAUGUAUAUCGUACAUCAUGCAGUCGUUGCCUCUUCCUAUUUGAUUGGGGCCUCGCAACAACGGUCCGAUUCGGGACCUUUUGUCAUGUU